AUGGAGCACCGCCGCCUUGUCCACGGAGCUGCGCCUCCCUUGACCUCCGUGGAGAGAUUCUUGUACGGCCAAAAGAAUGAUACCUUGUAUCCCAAGAAACAAGAUUGUUCUAGAGACCGACACCCAGCGAUCAUGAAGAAGACAAAGGCGAUUGAGACCAAAAACGACAACAAAGAGAACCUCACGUUUGGUCCGAGGAAGGAUAAACAUUUGGUCGCUAAUGGCGGAAUCUCUAUUGGGGACAUGGUCGCUAAAGAUGCAACCAGAGGUUAUCAUAACCCUACGAAGAAGCGACCAUUCAAGAAUCUUAUCAAAGGGCAAUGGACGGCUGAAGAAGACAGGAAGUUGAUAAGGUUAGUGAGGCAACUUGGGGAGAAGAAAUGGGCAAUGAUCUCGGAAAAACUUGAGGGAAGAGCAGGCAAACAAUGUCGUGAGAGAUGGCAUAAUCAUCUCCGUCCUGAUAUCAAGAAAGAUGGAUGGAGUGAAGAAGAAGAAAAGGUUCUUGUAGAAACACACAAAAGAAUUGGGAACAAGUGGGCAGAGAUCGCUAAACUCAUACCAGGACGCACCGAGAACUCUAUCAAGAAUCACUGGAAUGCGACUAAACGACGCCAAAACUCAAAACGCAAACAAAAGCGUCGUGAAGCAAACGGGGGUAACGACGAUAGCGAUCUCUCUCCAGCUGCUAAAAGGCCAUGCAUUCUCCAAGACUACAUCAAAAGCAUCGACAGUAAUGUCAAAAACAAGGCCAAUGACGAUAAUAAGAAUGAGAACUCCAUCAGUGUACUUACUACUCCAAAUCUUGAUCAGAUCUAUUCGGAUGGAGAUUCUACAUCAUCGGUCCUUGGUGAUCCAUAUGACGAAGAGUUAGUUUACCUACAAAACAUCUUUGCAAACCACCCGGUUUCUCUUGACAACAUUGGUUUAAACCAAACUUCUGACGAGGUAACCAUGAUCAAGAACCCUAACUCGCACAAAAGUGUGUGGACUCAUCAUCAGGAUCAAGCAAUGGCUGCCGUUCCUGAGAAUAAACCGCACCUUGCGUCUGAUGUCUACUUGUCUUAUUUGCUGAAUGGUACGGCGUCGUCCUACUCCUACCCGCAUUUUCCGUCUUCCUCAUCUUCCACGUCCUCCUCCACCGUAGAGCAGGGAGGCCAUAGCGAGUUGCUUGUGCCUCAGGAUAACUCUACAGGUGAAAGAAGAGAGAUGGAUUUGAUGGAGAUGCUCUCUGGUUCUAUUCAAGGUAGCAACAAGUGUUUCCCAUAG